AGUUGGUAACUUGUAAUUCAACUUCCGGUCAGGCCAAUGGCAAUGGCGGUUGGAAACGAUUCCAACUUCUUGGAAAUGGAUGUCGAGGAAGAAGAUUUCGCCGCCAUGCGAGAAUCUGUAGAACUAAGACACGGUCUUAUGUUUAUAAUAGGAACCAUUUCGUUUUUCAAUCUUGUGAAUUGGAUAGUUAAAUCUUACGGUCCUCCUAAAUCUUUAAAAGAUGAAGAGUGGAAGUGGAGAAAUUUGUAUGUUUCAUGGGUUCAUGCUUUAAUUACUUCUUUAUGGACUUUGACUUGCAUGAUUGUGUACCCAGAAAUGUUUUCCAGUUUGCUGCAACACAUUAACUAUGUCACCUACUUCUGUGUUUGUUUUGGAACUGGUUAUUUCUUUUAUGAUCUGUUGGAUCUUAUACUAAAUAACAAGUUUUUCAUCAUGUGGGAAGUUGUAGUUCAUCACAUAGCUGUGGCUAGCAUGUUUUACUACAAUGUUCACAUUCGAGCACAUAUAGGCUUCAACAUCAUAGCCUUAAGUGUCGAGGUCAACUCAUUUUUUCUUCAUUGGAGGAAGCUGCUUCAAAUGGUCAAAACACCAUACGACAGCCCCAAGUAUCUUGCCAUCAAGUAUUUGAACCUGACCACAUUUAUUGUGUUCAGGGGCGUCCCAUUGUCCAUGAUCACCUACUGCUGUUUUGUAUGGCGGCACCGUGUGUCAGCUAUGUAUUAUGUGGGCAUCUGCCUCAGCAUCUUUGUGAUGGAUGUCCUCAAUGUUAUACUUUUCUGGCGACUGCUGAAGAGCGAUAUGUUGCGCGGGCCUGAAAAAAAGAUUGGUGGGUUGAAGACAGCGAGCUCUGCUGUCUGCGAAAAUCUCCAUUCUUCAAAUGGGAAAUCUAGCAACGGUCAUGUGUUAGUCAAUGGGUACAAACCAUCAUUAAAAGAAAGUAACCUGCUCACCAAGAAAGAGGACUGAUACCUGUAAAUGUUUCAAAACUAAUUCUGUCCAUUAACCAUUAUUUUAUAGGAAGAUGGGGUUGAGGUUCGAGGUGUGUUGAAACAUAUUUUUAGAAUACUUUUAGUUCUAGAAAUGUGUUCUGAUGAAAUGUAAUUAUAUAAUUAUUUUUUUUUUGUAAAUCAUAUAUUUUAUGUACUUCAAUAUUUACCAAAUACUAACUGGCCCAGUUUAGUAUAUGGUUUCCUGAACAUGUUUCAGAUGCAUCAGAUAUAAUGUAAUUGAUUUUGGAAUUCUAAUGCUGCGUUCUAUCGCCCCUGUUGUACUGUAGGUGGUUAGGGCUCAAUUAUAAUUGUCUUUCCAAGCAGAACAUACAAAUUGUAAGAAAGCUUUAUGACUGACAUAACUUUUACAUAAAGUUUUCAAUACUCAAUUAUUAUUCUUAAAAUUCUUUUUUUUUAUCAAAAGAAAUCUCAAUUUUUCAUAGUUUUAAGUUAUAACUUUUAAAUAAUGAUAUUAAAUAAUAUAUACACUAUUUCUGAAGACAAGAACAAAAUGAGGCUUUUCAAAUUUACACUAAAUUUUUUUUCUUCGUUUCUUCUUAUAAAUUAGCUCUAUCCACUUGUCACUAAUAGAUAGACAGAAGACAGAAAUGUGAAGUGAAAUAUUUUGCCAUCCUUAAACUAUGUGCUCAUUUGUUUGGGGCAUUGCUUUUAUUUGAAUCUUUUCUUUUAAAAAGCUUGUAUCAAAUCACUCUGUCUCGUAAAAUUGUUUACACAUUAUUUCUCCCACACCCAUUCUGGGAUCAAGUUGAAACUUCACACAAUUAUUCAUUGGCAUAGACAAGACAUGAAUCAAUAAAGUAACCAAUUAGGCAAUUAAUAACUGGUAAUUAAUUAUUUUGUUUGAUACCAACAAGUGAAACUAAUCCUUCAUUAUUCACGGAUAUGGCUAAAUUUGUUUGGUUUAGUCCCCUUAAAUAAUUGUUAAAGCUAUUUCUUCCUUGUGCAUUCUUGUUGAUACUUUAAACAACUUUUAAUCGUAGCAAACAAAACAUGAAUCAAAAAAAAAAAAAACAAUGAGUCAAUUAAUUAUUGGUACCGGUAAUUUUUUUUUUCUUUGAUAUCAAAUAAGAGAAAUAACUUGUACAUUAUUGAUAAAUAUAAUUUUUAGGGUGGAGUUACUCCUCCUUUAAAUAAGCUCUGCUUAAAAAAAAUAUUUUUUAUAUUUUGCUUGUUAAAUACUAGAUUUAAUUACAACUAAAGGUUUAAAGGAAAAAAUGACUUUAUAAUAAUUAUCAUAAAAGUCAUCAAAUUGUCUCACAGCUAAUUUAAAUUACUUUGAAUACAGAUUUACAUAAUUAUAUAAUUAUUAACUUUUUUUUGUUGCACGAAAUAAAAAAUUUAAAAUAUUGAAAAUAAAACAGUUAAAAAUAGUGAUGAUUUUAUAUGUAUUAUUUAUACAUUUUAUUUAUACUUAAUAUCCUUUUCUGGUCAUUUUUCUAAUAUGUUAAGUAGCUUUGUUUAAUAAUAGUUUCUAAUAUGAAGUGUUCACCACAGUGUAGUCUUGUACCAAUAUACAUUAUUUCUAAAUCUGCUUUUCAUUGUUAAGAAUUGUUUUUACACCAGUCAUCAAUGUAAAACAAGUUUUAGACAAUCCGUUUACUAAAAUGUUUUUUUCCUCCAAAGAAUUUCCAUCAAUUUUGUUCUGCUAUUUGAACAAAAAUAUUUUUGAGAUGGUUUCCUUUUUCUUAUUGUUACCUUAGUGUAUUUAGACCUUUUUGUUGUUGUUUCAAUUGCUAAUUAUGUUAAUCUAUUUUUUGAAUUUUUUUUUUUUUACAAAUACAUAAUAAAAAGGAUAGAUUAAAAAGAAGAAAAAUAUUAUUGCAAAUAACAUUUAUUUUGGAAAACUGGUUUUAAAUUAAAAACAUUAUAAUAAUAAAAUAAAACAUUUUUUUUAUGCUUAGUAGGCUAAUGGAUUGUUUUCAGAAGACACAAAUGUUAAUCUUAGUCCUUUUUUAGCAUUUGGUGUGUUAACAAUAACAAAUACUUUUUUCUUUUUGCUUCAUCAUGUAAUUUAUAGUAUGUAAUUUAUGGGAUUAAAUUCUUGAACUCUGCACCUUCUCAACAACAAUCUGGCUACAAUACAUUCUAUAAAUUGGAUCUCUAAUAGAAAACUGAAACAUUGAACUUUGGAUCUAUAUAUAUAUAUUAUGUACUUUUUUUUGUUUUGUUUUUCACCAUAAGAAUGUAUAUAAUGAAGAGCUCAUAAUAAAACAAAUAUGUUUAAACAAGUUUAUGACAAUAAUCAAAUGUAUACAUUAUAAAUAAUAUUGCAUUGGUAUGCACUGUCUAUAUAUUUAUAUUUAAAGAUACUCUAUAAUUAUGUAGUCAUUUUCUGAAAAUAUAUAUAUGUAUUCAUUUUUAUUGACUUCAACAAUGUAUGAUUCACCCAAUGUACUGUACUUUUAAGCAAAUUGUUUUUGUUUUUUUUUUAAUUUUUAAACAAAAUAUGUAGUCUAAACUGGAAAUGUGUUGUUUAAAUAUUUUUUUUUCAAUUCUACAUUUUACUUUAUCAUUUCAAAUGUGUCAAUAUUGACAUGUUUUAUAAGCUUUAAAAAAACAACAGCUGCCUGACUUUCAAAUAGAGACUUUUUAGACUGAAUCUUAAUUUUUUUUUUAACCAUGCUGUUCAUUAUUUUAUUGCUGUAGAUGUAAAGCAUUUUUAUUGUCCAUUUAUGUUAAUCAGAAUAUUAUUCUAUAUAAAAAUCUUUAGCUGGAAAUGUAAUUUUUUUUUUUUUGUAUCUGGAGUUCAUUGAGUUGAUUUUAACUUCUUCAUAUGUUCCUGUGCAAUGUUUAGGAAGCUGGUAUUGUUUUUAGCUGUACCUGUACUGCAAAGCAUCCAUUGCAGUUCAAAUGUUCUUUUUUUAAUUUUUUAAACGUGUCUGUCAUAAAUGAGAGCAAAGUUGUUUUUUUAAUAGAUGGUGCAAUUUCAGUUUUUGUCAUUUCUUUUCAUUAGAGAGACCUUUACUAGAACAUCAGUAGAAUGUUAAUGUCACAGCAACAUUGGACUUAAGUUGUAUAGAAAGUACAGCUACUAAUUAAAUUACACAUGUCUCCUUACAUCAUGUGUUGUAAGCUAGUCUCCUUGUGCAAUUAGCUAGUCACCUUGUGCAGUAGGUUUAAUGAAAACCAAAUAGUAGUGUGGAGAUGAUCAAAGAUAGUAAAUGUCUAAUUGUUCUCAAAUUUGCUGAUGCCACUCAGUACAGAAUUCUAUUCACAGCUGUGGUUUACUUUGUCCUCGAUUUGGCAUUAAAUCUAUAAUGUUGCAUAUUUAUUUUAUUCUCAUUUAGAUAUUUAAACUUUACAAAAUAGGUCUUAAUAAACAAUUGUAUUCUGAAAUGAUGAUGCAUAGCAUAUGUUUUAUUUAUGUUCAAUAGCUAUCACUACUAUGGGAAUGGUUGUCAGAACUUGAAUGCCUGGUCAUUCACUGUGAUACUUUUGUUAAAUUUUCUUUUCUAAUAUUUUUGUUUUCAGUUUGUUUCAAAUGAGAUAAGGAAAUAUUACUUAGAGGUUUAUGUAUUGUAUUGAUUAAUAGGCCAACUCUCUUAUUUUAAAUGGCUCUGUUACUAAAUUUUUAAGCUGUAUAUUGCAAGAAAUAUGUAAAUUUUAUAGACAUUUAAGGCCCAGUUUUGCAUUAACAUAUAGAACUUUAAAAGAAAAAUUGUAGCACAGACAUUCUCCAAAACAUUGAAAAGUAAACAAAACAAAAUUAAAUAACAAGAAAAGGAAGAAAAAAAGGAUUACUUUUACAAAUGAUAAAGAAACAAAAUUACUAAAUAUAUUUUUUUAAAUGGAAAAGUUAUGUAUCUGAUUUUCUACUUCUCAUUGCAAAGGAAAGGAGUAAACAUUUUUGUUUAUAUAAUCAAGUUAUGAACAAAGAAAUGUUUCCAUCUGAUAAAUAUUGAAAUUAAAUAAUUUGACACAAAAUAUAUUGUUUCAGUUAGCUCUGAAAUAUUUUAAUUCUUGUAUAACCAAGAAACUUGGAAAUUGUUUGUUUCUGAUUUUGGUCUCGGUUUGAAUAAAAUCAAUCUUUUCUUAUUAGCAAUAUACUGAUUUGCUUUUCUAGUUUAAAAAAAAAAAGAGUAUUCCUACACAAUGACCUGCUGAGCCAUCUACCUCCAUAGCAAACAUAUAUUCCUCUUUUGUAAGUUCUUCUCUCAACCUGAUCAAAUGUAGUCAACCUCUUUUGAAAUGUUCAGCUCUUUAAUCUAGCUCAGUCAAUACUUUUUACUAGGAACUCGUCGAAGAAAAUAGACAAAAUGAAUAUAGUCGGCUAUUUGUAUAAUUGAAGUUCUUGACCUCGGUGUAUGUUUAUACCUUGGCAUAUACACUAAUAGGGGCUGUGGUAGCUUAGUGGUUAAGCCCUUGGCUUUUGAACCUGGGAUUGAAUCUCAGCUCUAAUGGGUACCUGACUUUAGUUUGGGAAAGUAAAGGCGUUUAGUUGUUGUGCUGGCCACAUGACACCCUGCUCACUAACCAAAGAAACAGAUGACCUUAACAUCAUCUGCCCUAUAGUUUGCGAGGUCUAAUAGCAGAUUUUUUUUUUACUAAUUCUUCUGGUUUAUUUUCUUUGGUUGCUGUUAUAAUGAUGUUCAUUAUACACUGGACUUUCUAUUUCUUAAACUGGAAUCAUCUAGUCUAUACAAACAUACAUACAUAUUUAUGCAUAUUGCUCUACUAACUUGAUAUAUAAAUAUAUAUAAACAUGCAGAUGUAUUUGUGUAUACAUGUGAAUCAUAGUUUGUUACAGUGUUUUAAAUGUACGUCCAUUGACUUGUACUUCCACUACAAAGUCAUAAAGAAACAUUUUUGUCAUUAUUUUUUGGUAUAAUAGCUUGCAUUGUUCCUUGCUUUAUGAGAAAUAGAACUAUUAAUUGUAAUAAAUCUGCUAUUACAUUAUAGAAGUUAAGAUGUUAAUGAUAGACCAGACACGUCUUCAUUAUUUUUAGACAUUUACCAUAUUUAUAUUUCACAUUAGUUGGGGCUUUACAUUAAAAUUAUUUUUAGUCUUUAGAAAUUCUUAAGACAAUAAUAUCAUAGAAUGUGCAUGUAUCUAAUAUACUAUUCUUUUAGUAUGGUCUGCAGAAAUGUAGAUCUAUAAAACAUCUAGGCCUGUCGCUCAGGUCAAAGCAUUAGAAAUUCUCAUUGUUUGAAAAUGUUCAUAGCACCCUGUCUGUCAUCAUUUAAUUGUAUAAAACAAACUAAAUAUAACUGUCAUGCUUAUAAUUGCUAAGGAAAGACUACAGUAUGGCUCUAAUUGGUUUAUUGAUCCAGGUCAAGUAGACCAGUACAGCAACAGGUGUUGCUACAAAUUUAAUGACAUCUCUGAGCUUAGGAUUGCAAGAGCUUGAUAGUGAAUGACAUGUGGCUUGAAGUGGUGCUUGAGUAUGAGAGCUAUGAUGAUGUGUAAUUGGUUGACUGGUGAGACGUGGCUGUUUGGUGACCUAACCUUUGCACUGUUAAAGACAACUGUUGAAUUGUUUUUUUUAAGCAUUGCUUUCCAGUUGGAUUCUUUUCUGCUUCAGGAUAAUUUUAUUUAAAUCCUAAUUUCUGUUAUACACAACUAUAAUAAAUGAUUUAAUGAUGAA